AUGGCUGCCGCUACGACUCUCAUUGCCGACCGGUACGUUCCCAGCCUGCCCGCCGGCUGGUCGGCCGAGGGCGACAUCAAGCGCAUCAAGUCGCUGUCUGCCGGCACCCACCGCAGCCUCGAGCCUGUUGGCCCGCAGUACCUUGCUCACGCCCGCCGUGUGCGCCACAACCGCACCUUCUCCGAGGAUGACCGCAUAGAGGCGGAAGCUCGUGCUAAGAAGGUCAACGCCGACGAUGACGACGGUGACAUCAGCGAGCCCGAGGACCCCUCGCUGCUCUUGCGCGAGGCCAAGGACUGGAAGACCCAAGACCACUACGCCAUUCUCGGCCUGUCCCGCUACCGCUGGAAGGCCACUGAGGAGCAGAUCAAGAAGGCGCACCGCCGCAAGGUGCUCAAGCACCACCCCGACAAGAAGGCCGCCGCUGGUGGCACCGAGGACGACCAGUUCUUCAAGUGCAUCCAGAAGGCCACCGAGGUGCUGCUCGACCCCAUCCGCCGCCGCCAGUUCGACUCUGUCGACGAGGAGGCCGACGUGGAGCCGCCGACCAAGAAGCAGCUCGCCUCGGGCGACUACUACAAGCUGUGGAGCCGUGUGUUCAAGUCGGAGGGCCGCUUCUCGCGUAUCCAGCCCGUGCCCUCGUUUGGUACCGAGACCUCCACCAAAGAGGCUGUGGAGUCGUUCUACAACUUCUUCUACAACUUUGACAGCUGGCGCUCGUUCGAGUACCUCGACGAGGACGUGCCCGACGACAACGAGAACCGUGACCAGAAGCGCCACAUGGAGCGCAAGAACCUGAACGCGCGCAAGAAGAAGAAGGCCGAGGACAACGCCCGCCUCCGCAAACUGCUCGACGACGCGUCCGCAGGCGACGAGCGCAUUAAGCGUUUCCGCAAGGAGGCCAACGCCGCCAAGAACAAGAAGCGCCUGGACAAGGAGGCCGCCGAGAAGGCCGCCAAGGACGAGGCGGCCCGUGCCAAGGAAGAGGCCGAGAAGGCCGCCAAGGCUGCCGAGGAAGCUGCCAAGGCCGACCGCGAGUCGGCGAAGAAGGCCAAGGAGGCGGCCAAGAAUGCUGUCAAGAAGAACAAGCGUGUGCUCAAGGGCUCCGUCAAGGACGCCAACUACUUUGCGGCGGCCGGCAGCGCAGCCGACGCGGCCACCAUCGACAAGGUGCUGGGCGACGUCGAGCUUGUGCAAGGCCAGCUGGACCCCACGGAGAUUGGCGACCUGGCAUCGCGCCUCAACGGCCUGACCGUCUCGGACGAGAUCAAGAGCGUGUGGAGCAGCGAGGUCAGCCGCCUGGUGGGCGCUGGCAAGCUCAAGGCUGGCGACGCUGCAUCGCUGGCGUAG